AUGUCACCACCAGCAGUCCUCGUCGACACCUCCUCCUCCGACUUCUCCCUCCCCGCCCCCACCCCCACGGGUCGAACACUCCUCCUCUGCCCGCCGUCCAUCUCCUCGACCCCCGCGCUCCUCGAGUCCGCCCUCUCCGCGCUCCCGCGCGACACCACAGACGUCCAAAUGCUCGACCGCCUCGCCCUCGGCCUCGUGUCCCUCCCCCCAACAACCUACACCACCGUGCUCCUCCUCUCCACGCCCGCCACCGCAACACCCGAGCCCUCCGCCCCAGUACUAGAAAAGGUCUUUGCCUCCAUGGCACCCGGUGCCAAAUGGCGGUCUCAGAACAACACCCCCGUCAGCGCCGACAAGCUCGCCCUCCUCAUGGCCGGCUUCAUAGUGGCGGACGACGGGUCCCUCGUAAAGCCAGACACAAGAAGCGUCCCAUUGAAGCUACGACGAAAGGCCGACGGCCCCGCGACGGUGGUGCCAAAGCCAGUGGCAGCGGCGCCGAGCGGCGUCGGGUUCAUUGAUUUUGGCGAUGACCUGGAUGACGACGACGAGCUGAUUGACGAGGCGACGCUCCUUGACGGCGAUGACCUGGCGGCGCCGAUUCAGCAACCGGCCGAGUGUCGUCCCAAGCCCGGGAAGCGUAGGCGCGCGUGCAAAGACUGCACAUGCGGGCUCAAGGAGAAGCUCGAGGAGGAGGACGCCACGCAGCGCUCGGCGGCCGACAAGGCGCUUGCGGCGGCAAAGGAGAAGGCCGCGGCGGGGAUCAAGCUGAAUGCGGACGACCUGGCGGAGAUCGACUUUACGGUUGAGGGCAAGGCGAGCUCGUGCGGGAGCUGUUACCUUGGCGAUGCGUUCAGGUGCGCGGGGUGCCCGUAUAUCGGGCUGCCGGCGUUUAAGCCUGGUGAGGCGAUCGUGCUGGAGACUGAUGAUCAGUUGUAA